AUGAAUUGGCUCGGCUGGGCCUCUGUGCCCCUCAUCUUCUUUGGUUUCUGGAUGUACACAAGCACGCUGAGCGCGUCGUUCCCCACGCUCCGCAACAAGCGCAUAUUGCUGCUCAUAGCCCACCCAGACGAUGAGGCCAUGUUCUUUGCACCGACUUUGCUAGGCUUGACGCGUCCGGAGAACGGCAACCACGUCAAAAUCCUGUGCCUGAGCAGCGGAGACGCCGACGGACUGGGUGAGAUUCGCAAGAAAGAGUUGGUCAAAAGUGGUCUCAAACUAGGUAUCGGACAUAAAGAUGAUAUAUUGAUCAUCGAGGACAAGUACGCUGCCGGAUUCGACACCAUCAUCACUUUCGACGCACGCGGUGUCUCCUCCCAUCCAAACCACAUAUCACUACACGAUGGUGCACACACCUUCCUCAAGGCCCUCAUGCACCGACACACCGGUUGGGAGUGUCCGAUAAAGCUGUACACCCUCACAACAACGUCCAUCUUUCGCAAGUACCUUGGCAUAAUGGAUGCACCCGGGACGAUCAUCGCUGCAAUCAUGCGGAAGAAAGAGCUUGGCGAGUUUCCGACACCGAUGCUGUUCGCUAGCUCACCGGUCGGUUACAGGAGGGCGCAGAUUGCGAUGACGACGGCGCACGAGAGUCAGAUGCGCUGGUUCCGCUGGGGCUGGAUUACCCUGUCGCGUUACAUGAUCAUCAACGACCUGAAGAAGGAGAAGGUACCGUGA